AUGCCUCGUGAGACUGAUUGCCAGGCCUCCCAAUCGCCGUCCCUUCUCAUUAUUACCGGUCGCGACCCCCUCAAAAUUCAGGAGUCCAUGGAUGCACUUCGAACUGAAUUUCCUGACGUAAACUAUCGUGCACUCCAUGUGGACCUUUCCAGUCAACAAUCUGUCCGAAACGCAGCUGCCGAGGUCAUGGGUUGGUCUGAUGUACCCAUGAUCGAUAUCGUUGUCAAUAGUGCCGGGAUAAUGGGCAUUCAAGAACGCACGCUGAGCGAAGACGGCAUCGAGCUGCACUUUGCGACAAAUCACCUCGGACAUUGGCUCCUCGCCUGCCUGAUCAUGCCCAAGUUGAUCAAAGCUGCCGAAUGCAGCCCCAGGGGCGUCACGCGAAUCGUCAAUGUAAGCUCAGCCUCGCCCCAGGUCUCCGGCAUGCGCUGA